AUGUACGAGGACAGCGACGAAAGUUCGCCGUUUGUGAUGCUCUCAUCGCCCACCAAGUCUUGGCCGGCUAGUUACGGAAAAAAGAACGGCAUGUGGUACGCCUCGCCCGGUAACCAGGGUUGGGGCUCAAAACCGGCCAGUCGUAAGCCAUCAAUUAUGGAAGCAGACUUGGGCACAUUAUCAACCACAUCGGGUUCGAUCAAACGCAGCGCUGGACGUGUUAUACGCAUCAUCAAUAAUUUGGAUCAUUCGGUGCAGUGUCGCGUACUGUUGAAUUUGCGCACAUCACAGCCAUUCGAAGAAGUUUUAGAGGAUUUGGGUCAAGUGUUGAAAAUAAAUGGUGCAAAGAAAAUGUACACCGGCACGGGACAAGAGGUUCGCAGUUUUUCACAGCUACGCAAUGAAUUUGCGGACGUUGACACAUUUUAUCUAGCAACUGGCACUGCCUUAAUUGCCGGUUCGCCUAUUAGGCGUUCUCGUUCGCGCCCUUCGGUUGUUGCUGCAGCGCCCAUUCUACCCACAGAAGAACUGCCUAAGGUUCCUUUGCGCGGAGCACGUCCACGCAGUAAAAGCCGUCCACGCAUUCUGUAUGCCCCUGAGAGUGAAAUAUUACGUGCGAACGGUGAAUAUAGUAUGUUGGAUAUUAUGAAAGAAGAGCCCACCAAAGUGACUAUACGUGGAUUGCGGCGUACUUUCUAUCCGCCAUUACAUCAUGCACCCGCGGAUAAUACACCGCCAGACAAAAAAUUACAGCUGCAAUGGGUUCACGGCUAUCGCGGCAUCGAUGCGCGCCGCAAUCUCUGGGUGUUACCAUCAGGUGAGCUGUUGUAUUAUGUAGCCGCUGUGGCAGUACUGUUGGAUCGAGAAGAGGACGCACAGCGACACUAUACAGGACACACAGAAGAUAUUAUGUGCAUGGACGUACAUCCUUCACGCGAAUUAGUCGCUUCUGGGCAAAAAGCUGGGCGUGAUCGUAAAUCUCAAGCGCAUGUACGCAUUUGGAGCACAGAGUCACUACAGACGCUUUAUGUGUUCGGUAUGGGCGAAUUGGAUAGUGGCGUUACGGCGGUAGCCUUUUCACAAUUGAACGGGGGCAGCUACAUUUUAGCAGUUGAUAGCGGGCGUGAAAGCAUACUCUCUGUGUGGCAGUGGCAAUGGGGUCAUCUGCUGGGAAAAGUGGCAACACUACAAGAAGGUCUGUCUGGUGCCGCUUUUCAUCCGCUGGAUGAUAAUCUUAUUAUUACACAUGGGCGUGGUCAUUUGGCGUUCUGGCAUCGCCGCAAAGAUGGCUUUUUCGAACGCACCGAUAUUGUUAAACAACCGUCGCGCUCGCAUGUGACCAGCGUGCAAUUCGAGCCAGACGGCGACGUUAUCACUGCCGAUUCCGAUGGUUUUAUCACCAUUUACUCGGUCGACUCGGAUGGUGCAUACUUUGUGCGCACCGAAUUCGAGGCACAUAACAAAGGUAUUGGUUGCCUAAUUAUGCUGGGCGAAGGAACGCUACUGUCAGGUGGUGAGAAAGAUCGUAAAAUUGCUGCCUGGGACUCGUUGCAAAACUACAAGAAAAUCGCUGAUACUAAACUUCCAGAGGCCGCUGGCGGCGUACGCACCAUUUAUCCACAACGUCCCGGACGCAAUGAUGGUAAUAUUUAUGUUGGCACUACGCGCAAUAACAUUUUAGAGGGUUCACUGCAGCGUCGCUUUACCCAAGUUGUAUUCGGUCACGGUCGUCAAUUGUGGGGUCUAGCUGCUCAUCCAGAGGAUGAGGUAUUCGCUACUGCCGGUCAUGAUAAGCACAUUGCGCUGUGGCGCAAGAACAAGUUGAUUUGGACCAUACAAACAGGUUACGAGUGUGUUUCAUUAGCUUUUCAUCCAUUUGGCACUGCCCUGGCUGCUGGCAGCACUGAGGGCCAUUUACUUGUCAUCAAUUGUGAAAACGGUUCGGUUAUGUUAACGUUGCGGGUCUGUGGUUCGCCGCUGAACUGUGUGGCCUAUAAUCAAGUGGGUGAUAUGAUUGCUAUGGGUUCACAAAAUGGCAGCAUCUACUUAUUCCGUGUAUCGCGCGAUGGUUUCUCAUACAAAAAAGUGAACAAGAUACGCGGUUCGCAGCCACUCACACAUUUGGACUGGAGCAUGGAUGGCAAUUUCGUGCAAACUGUCACCAUCGAUUUCGAUCUACUCUUCUGGGAUGCUAAAUCACUGUCGCCGGAACGCAGCCCGAUCGCCAUGAAAGAUGUCAAAUGGUUGACUAGCAAUUGCACAGUUGGCUUUCUGGUGGCGGGUAUGUGGAGCAAUCGUUACUACAGCAACAAUAAUACUAUUAUUGCAACAUGCAGCCGUUCGGCGGCGCAAGAUAUGCUUGUUUCCGGCGAUGCCGAUGGUUACUUGCGUAUUUUCAGAUACCCCUGCAUCAAUCCGCGCUCCGAGUUUCAUGAAGCGAAAGUCUAUUCGGGCAUGUUGGCAUGUGCGCGUUUUCUAUACGGCGAUCAAACUGUGGUGACAGUGGGCGGCACAGACGCCUCACUGAUGGUGUGGGACCUGGUAGAGGAAUAG